UCAUGUUUUCGCCAGCUGGUAUUUUGUAAACUUUGUAAUGUUGACCAAAGUUCAAUAAAUUAUUCAAAAUAGAAAAUUUACUUCCAAGUUUACCAUAUAAAAUCCCUAUUUCCUUUAUCAAAAUGGGUAAUAGGUCCUCUCUAUUACUACGCGAAGAAGAAAUCGCUCAAAUUCAACAGGAAACUGGCUUCACCCCAAACCAAAUCGAGCGUUUGUAUUCUCGAUUCACCGCCCUUGAUAGAAACGAUUGCGGCACCUUAUCCAGGGAUGAUUUCCUGAGGAUUCCAGAGUUGGCCAUCAACCCGUUGGGUGAGAGAAUUGUAAACGCCUUUUUCCAAGGAGACGAGUUCACUGACAGGGUGAACUUUAGGCAAUUCAUGCAGGUUUUGGCUCAUUUUAGGCCGGUAAAGAAGAAUAAGGAGAACAAGUUGAAUUCCAGAGAGGAGAAAUUGAAAUUUGCUUUUAAACUGUACGACCUCGACAACGAUGAUCUGAUUUCUAAAGACGAACUAUUAGCGAUUUUACACAUGAUGGUCGGAACGAAUAUAAGUGAAGAGCAGCUGACGAGUAUCGCCGAACGCACAAUAUUAGAAGCAGACGAGGAUAAUGACCAAAUGAUUUCGUUUGAGGAGUUUUGUAAGGCAUUACAGAGGACCGAUGUUGAACAAAAGAUGAGUAUUAGGUUUUUGAAUUAAGUCGGGCAGCACGCAAUGCAAACUUAUAUAUACUAUAUAGAUUAAAUAAUAAUUAUUAUUAAAUAUUAUUGCACUAUUGUGAUAUUCAGAUAUUUGUAUAAAAUAAAUGAUAAACUUUACAAA